AUGUUAAGCGAUAUACUAUCACAAUACACAGAUGACAACUACUUUAUAGUCAUUAGUACCUUUGCUCUAAUAUAUAUAUUUCUACAGGCAUUCUCAAUACCAGGUUCAAUAUUCUUAAGCUUCUUAUCUGGUGGAUUGUUUGGCAUAUGGGUUGGAUUCCCUUUGGUAUGCGUGAUCGCAACGAUUGGCGCGACAUGCAGCUACCUGAUAUCAUAUUACAUCGUUCGUAACUUGGUGAUGAACUUCUUCCCAGACAAGUUGGAGCUGUUUGCAACAGAGGUGGGCAAGCGACGCGCAAGCCUCCUGAACUACAUUAUAUUCCUACGUAUCACACCAUUCUUGCCCAACUGGUUCAUCAAUCUGGCGUCGCCUCUGCUCGACGUUCCAAUCAGCACCUUUGCCAUUGGCACAUUCAUUGGCAUCAUGCCAGCCACGUUCCUGGCGGUCAAGGCCGGUCUGGCCAUCCAGGAGAUCAGCAAACCAGGAGAUAUAUUCGAUUUCAAGUCUGUGGCCUCGAUGGCUCUGCUCGCAGUUCUAUCAAUCGUGCCCACAUUGGAUCCAGUUCGUCGUCGCCUCGACAAGCUACUCAAUCGAACUGGUAGCACGCCAGACUCUUCGCCCAAGCUUCACAGUCAAUAA